AUACCAUUAUACUUUCUUUCGUCACUUUCAAUUCAAUCCCACAUUCUUCAGCAGCUUCAUCAUUAGUUUUGAAAGAUUGAGGAAAAAAGAAAGCGAAAAAAGCCAACCCGAAUUUAUCUUCAAUAUUCAUCAUUUAGAGUUGGUGGUCGUCUCGAAUCAAAUUCAGCUGAUUUGAUUCCAGCAAGUAGUUAUCAUAUGUAUCUUUUGCUUCCUUAUUUGUUUUGCCAACCGAAGUUCAUUAGUAGGAAAGCUUGCUUCUUGGUGUCGAUUCAGGAACUGAAGCAUCUGGGCUAGCAAGGUUGAAUUUUUAGCUUGCGAAUGUGAGUGUUCUUGAUUGUUUAGCCGACCCUUUUAUCAUAUACGUUCUGGGUUUGAGAUGCAUUAAAUUUUGAUCUUGUAUGUGUGUAAAGAACUGGACCAUUUCAGUUUAUAGAGGUUCAUGGAUUGUUGAGUGCUGCUGGGAUAUUUUUUCGAAUAUUGAUCAGCUCUCAUAUUCAGAAUUAUUCAGUAAUCUUCUAGUUUAUAUAUGGAUUAAGGAGAUAAUUUUAUAGGGAAAUUUCGGUCAGAAAAGGGCAUUUUUAUCUAAUUUUUAUGUCAUGGUAUCUGAUCACUGUGGAUCUGGGUUGCUUCUAGAUCUACCGGAUGAUGUUUUAGUCUUAGUUACUAGGUCCCUCACUCCUAAGGAUUUGUGUAGAGUUGGUCUUACCUGUAGAGCCCUGUGUGAAUUAGUGGCUUCCGACAAGGUUUGGCAUGCACAAUGUGAUAAGCUUGGGGUGAUUCCUUACCAGGAUCUUAUUGAGUGGAGGAAAGGAGUUUCUUCAUACAAGGCAAUAUGCCGGUUCAUUUUUGGGAUACAGCCAUUGCUGGGGAUUUGGGUUCAUCAAAAUCCUGAACUUGGCAAUGUAGUUUAUAUCAUGCCGGGUUUCAUAUCAGUUGUUGGGUGCCGAAUUAUACCCCAAGAGCUUGGUCCAUUAGGUCUUGAAGAUGGUCCGAUUUUGUGGGCACCUGUAUUUGAAAUUCUGUGCGACUAUGAGGGAUCUGCUCAAUUUUAUUUGCAUGGAAGGGAGAGGGAAAGCGACUUUGUAUAUCCUGGUUCUUUGAAGGCUGUGGAUCGAACUUGCAACGUGCUUCUAUUGGAAGUUGAGCCUCGGCUUAGGAGAAAUGGUGGUAAAUUGGUCCAGAGUAAGAGUUUUGCCUACGAUCGUGAUAGAGAACAGUUGGAAAAAAUUUCCCGGUUGGAUGGUGGUGCUUCAAAGUCACAGAGGAUAGUUGGGCUAAAUGCCUCAGGAGUGCCGUUUAGCAGAUUGGCAUUUGGUGAUAGGAGAAAGCUAUUAGACAUUGUCACCAGGCAAGUAGGUUUGGAGGUCCCAAAAGCAAAAAAUGUGCUAUUAUUUCCUCGUCUGAAGUCUGAUGUUGAUUCCAUAAAGGAUCUGGCAGAGUUAGCUGAAAGAAGAAUGCUGCUUAUGCAGAUGUAUAAGCUUGGUGGAAGCAGUAGUGUCUCAAAAGUGGAUUCUAGAUUACUGUUCGAUCCUACACAACUUGACAUGAGUGAGGUCAGGAAGAAUCUCAAUUGUACGCGUGGCUGUGAAAUUUCUCAGUCCGGUGAUGGAGAUCAGAUUCAAUACGCCAAAAAGAAGACUAUUGCUGGUUAUUUCCGGGAUAGUUUCAAAAAUAUACUUCGAAAAUCAAAUUCAAUUGGUAGUAGCCAUGAGUUCUCAAAAAGAAAUUCUUCUGUUAGUGGAAAUAAACAUGCUCAGCUUCACGAGUUUCUAUAUUCAGGAGAUACAGUUGGACUGACAUUACAUGCUGCAACUGUGAAAUUAUCAACGUACAGGGCUUGGCCCAACAUGCAUGACAGCCGAUUUGCUCUUUACAAGUUGCCCAUGAGGGAACCAGUACCAGGUCAGGAGUUUUCUGGUCUUUGGGGAGGUACAUUUGGUUGGCCUCCUGGGAAGCCUAAUGAAGACAAACUUGGGAAAGCUCUCUUUUUUCUUUUGCUGUCUUAUGAAAAGGCACAUGGGCAGAAUUUGCUCAUUGCUACCAAGAUACUGGAAGGUACUCACUAUGUUCUACACCCAAAUGGCUCGGCUAUGUUUAUAGUGAAUAUUGAUGAGAUUUCACCUGAUACUUUCCCUUGGGAGACUGAUAGAGAUGGAAAUGUUAUUGAUGUGAAAAAUGCUUAUACUGGAGAAGGUAUUGCCAACGGCUAUGGUUUCAGAUAUCCUGGUUCAAAACCUGGUUCACUCUAUGUCAUUCAAGAUGGACUGCUAGCUUUUGUGUGGAGGGAAUCCAGGUCAGUUUUGACCUUGCAGAGGCUUAGUAUAGAGAAUCUUUUGAAGAAAGGUGAACGGAUGCCUGCACUUCCUCCAGUUUCCAAUUUUGCAUAUCUGACUCGAUCCUACACAAAUGUGUUUGCUGCCUUCUCCAAUCCUUCAAAUGGUCAGUCUUCGCAAAGGUAAAAGAAGCUGUGUAAACCAAGAAAACCUCCAGGUCCUCUGUCAAGUGGAGUAGAAAAGAUUGACAUUUUGGAUUCUUUACUGCUGGAUAAUGAAACAUUGAAGGAAUUUUGAUGAACCUUGUAGAGCAUUGAGUAAUUGUAACUCAUGAAGUUUGGAUUCCUGGGGUUUCUACAAUUGCUGAUUGCUUGAUCGGGCACAAACGUGCCUUAUAUUUUGUACAUAAUUCAUUGUUUUGAUUAUUUACAAACAAUUGCUUUGAUAGAUGAUAUAAGUUGAGUGUAGGAUUAAAAUCAUUUAGCAGUAUCCUUAGGCUUUAGUCCCUCACAAGUCACAACUUAUUGAACAGUUAGGGACUGAAUUUUGCUUAUACAUCGUAGCUUCUGGACGAGACUUAUGCUGUGUAGACUUUAAAUCAGGUACUUCCUAUUGGUACCUUUACAGAAAAUUCUACUUUGUGUGCUUAUCUAGCAUAGUUAUUUCUCCAAGGUGAGACAAUGGAACUUCCAAUGCUAUUUCAUUUGUGAUGAAUCCAUCUCAAAUGAUCCCGUGACCUGAUGUUCACUCUUAUACUUCCAUAGUUUUCUUUUGGUUUUUCAUAUUAACAUCCCCCCUCCCCCAACUGCCCUUUUUGGUGUCUGUCUUGUUAGUGUCAUGUGAAAUUUUUCCUCUCUAUUACUGUGUAAAUAUGGUUUUAUGAGAAGGUUUUAAAUUGAUGUAUGAAUUAAUAUCAUCUUUCCUGCACGCAUAGGAAAAGAUGUUGGAUUUGCAUUUCUUGUGCUCUUAAUUACUCGCUAUCUAAGAUUCUCUUCCUUGCAUGAUUAAACAGCAUCAUUAAAUUUGAUAUUCUAGUGGUCUCUUUUAAUAUUAGACAUUUCCAACCUCUAGAAUUGCAGGCGAAUCAAUAUUUUAUCCCAUAUUAACUCUUGUUGGUGGUGUUUGAAAUGUACUAGUACGCUUACGUGUUGUUCCUGCUCUAUAGCCCCAUUGAUUGCUUUUGGGAGAACCACUGUACUGAGAUGAUGCCGCAAAG